AUGGGCUUGGCUAUCCAACCCAUGCCACCUGAGAGAGUUGAGCAGUCCCCUGGGAGAGGUGAGCAGUCCCAACCCAUGCCCCCUGAGAGAGGUGAGCAGUCCCAACCCAUGCCCCCUGAGAGAGGUGAGCAGUCCCAACCCAUGCCCCCUGAAAGAGGUCUAGGUGAGCAGUCCCAACCCAUGCCCCCUGAGAGAGGUGAGCAGUCCCAACCCAUGCCGGCUGAGAGAGGUGAGCAGUCCCAACCCAUGCCCCCUGAGAGAGGUGAGCAGUCCCAACCCAUGCACCCUGAAAGAGGUGAGCAGUCCCAACCCAUGCCCCCUGCGAGAGAUGAGCAGUCCCAACCCACGCUGUCUGAGAUAGGUGAGCAGUCCCAACCCAUGCCACCUGAGAGAGGUGAGCAGUCCCAACCCAUGCCCCCUGGGAGAAGUGAGCAGUCCCAACCCAUGCCCCCUGAGAGAGGUGAGCAGUCCCAACCCAUGCCCCCUGAGAGAAGUCUGCAGUCCCAACCCAUGCCGCCUGAGAGAGGUGAGCAGUCCCAACCCAUGCCACCUGAGUGAAGUGAGCAGUCCCAACCCAUGACCACUGAAAGAGGUGAGCAGUCCCAACCCAUGCCCCCUGAAAGAGGUGAGCAGUCCCAACCCAUGCCCCCUGAAAGAGGUGAGCAUGAGCAGUCCCAACCCAUGCCCCCUGAAAGAGGUGAGCAGUCCCAACCCAUGCCCCCUGAAAGAGGUGAGCAGUCCCAACCCAUGCCCCCUGAAAGAGGUGAGCAGUCCCAACCCAUGCCCCCUGAAAGAGGUGAGCAGUCCCAACCCAUGCCCCCUGAAAGAGGUGGGCAGUCCCAAACCAUGCCCCCUGAAAGAGACCACCUUAAUAUAAGACAUUGUGCGAAAUGCUUUAACCUUGACCCAAGGGAGUUUUGUGCAUUAAGAAAUCUUUGCCAGUAUAAGCAGUUACGCAUCAUGAAGGCUGACAUGGACAUGGGAAUUGUCCUUAUGGAACAAGGAAAGUAUGUCACUAAAAUUGAAGCUGCUUUGGUGGAUAAUGAAUUCUCCAAGCAGGUGGAUAUUACAUUUCUAGAUAAACAGUUUGCUGGCACAGAUGUUUACUACGGAGACUAG